AGAUAAAGCUCUUAAUUAUUGGUGUCUACAAAGAUGCACCAAGCAAUCAUUGCGGGCAGUGGAGAAACUAGUUUACAUAGAUUAUGUCAACUUCCUCCAGCACCUAAAUUACAAAUUCUGUCGUCACAUGUACACCGUAGUGACCUAAAAAGUUUCGAUCAUUUCUCGAACAAAAAAAAGCAUGGGUUGCUCUUCAUCGUCAAGUCAAAAACAUGCCCAUGUGUCACUUCCCUUGUCUGAGCCGCAGAAGUAUCUUGUACGAGAAACCUGGGAAACGAUAGAACAACACAAAAAUAUGGUCGGGAAGAAAACGUUUCUAAGAUUUUUUGAGUUGAAUCCCGACUAUCAAAGGCUGUUUCCAGAAUUUAAAGAUGUAGAUCCAGUUGAACUAGAAAACACAAGUGCUUUGUACGGACACGCCAAGCGAGUCAUGAAAGCAGUGGAGAAUGCCGUGACUUCAUUGGAUGAUGCGUUCAGCUUCGCUGCGUACCUAGAGGAACUGGGAAGGAGGCAUAAAGCUCGCGCAUUGAAACCGUCUUAUCUUGAUGCAAUGCAGGAAGCACUAAUGUACAACUUGAAAGAUUUACUACGCAGUCAGUGGACCAAGGAAACAGAGGAGGCCUGGAACAGACUUUUUCGAUUCAUUUCAUCUACAAUGGUCAAGGGACUACAGUCGCCAUGAGAAAGCUUCGUCAAGGAAAGUAGACGCGCGAGAACUUGAUUUAAAAUUUGCACAAAGCCAUUUCGGGGGAAAAAGUACUGAUAUCUUACAAACCCAGUGGCUGUGAACAUGAAUCAAGCGUAUGGAGAGGUUCGCCAACGAAGCUUUUGAUCUUUAUACUUUUUUGAGCAAUUAUCACGAAAUUAAAAGUUCUUAGGUUCAAAACAUUCACAAGGAACUCGAAAGAUUCUUUUCGUCCUGCACCCUCCACAAAUCAGUCUACAACUUAAUCAAGUUUUUUUUAUAUACUUGUUUUCGAUCAUAGUUAGUUUUUUAAACGGCAGUUAUCAAAAUACAAACAUGAAUAACCCACAAACAUGUCACGUAAUUUCAUUAGAAAUUGCAAAAAGCAUAACUUAAUGACUUCUACGUAAAAUAUAAUGUCUUCUGGUCGGCCCUGGGAGGUCAUAUAAACGAAAGUACUGAUUAAUCUUUUUUUAUCGAGUCACUAACAUCAAAUAACUGUAAAAAUAUACCUUUCUGUACAAAGUUCUACAUAGA